UGACUUUGGAUAUUGGUCGUGUUAUCAACAUAUUUGCACCAUUUCGCAAUUUUUGAGUGACUAUGAAAAUUUUAACCAGACGACUUAUCUUAAGCCUCAACUCACAAAAUACAAAUAUAAGCACUUAGAUAAACACAACUCAGAGAUAAUAUAACCAUAAAAAAUAAAUAAAAGCUAAAUCACAGCCAUGGUGAAAAAGCCCCCCAACUCCAAACCAUCCAAACUCACCCCCCGCGCCUCGAAACCAAGCGCAGCAGCAGCAGCAGCAGAGCCCUCCUCAGCAGGACCUCCACCCAUCGUCUCAACCUCGGCAGAGGACCUCAAAUCGCAGCAACGACUCCUCGACGUCUUCAGCGACACAUUCCGAUCCGUGCUCGGCGCCGAGGACUUCGACGCCGUCCUGCAGAAGGUCAAGCAGGCGCUGUACAACCGGGACUUCGAAGCCGCCUUCGGCAACGAGCGCUUCCUCGAGGUAUACGCCGCGAGAUGGAGCCCGCCCCGCGCGCUGUGCUACGCCGCCGUGCUGCGGGGGAUCAGGGCGGAGUUGGAGCCGUUGUUGCUUCCUACAACGAUUACUGCUGCCGGAAAUAGCACCGAACACGAAGUCGACGAGGUUGAGCUCGGCCGCAUCUCACCCACCCUCGAGCCAGAACCAGAGGCGUCUCCCCCCCACAGCCCUACCACUACCACCACUACUACCACCACUACCACUACUCCUACUCCUACUACUACCACACAACUGAAAAUGCUCGCGAUCGGCGGCGGCACCGCGGAGAUCGCCGCGCUCGGGGCGUUCUUGCGGGGCGCGGGGGACGCGGUGAGCGGGGACCUGACGCUGCUGGACACGGGGCCGUGGGGCGGGGCGAUCGAGAAGCUGCGCGCGGGACUCACGGCGCCGCGCCCGCUGUCCAAGUACGCGAGCGCCGCGGCGCGGGCCUCCAACGCGGCGCUCGUCGCGCCCGCGGAGCGGCUGCGCGCGACGUUCGUGCGGCGGGACGUGCUGGGGCUGGAUAGCCGGGGGCUGGGGGAGCUGCUGGGGCGGGGGCGGGGGCCGGUGCUGGUGACGCUGCUGUUUACGCUGAACGAGCUGUACGCGUCGUCGUCGCCGUCGUCGUCCACGGGGGGCGGCGGCGGGAUGCGCAUGACGACGGCGUUCCUGCGGAACCUGAGCGCGGCUGUGCCGGCCGGGUCGCUGCUGCUCGUGGUCGACAGCCCGGGCAGCUACUCGGAGGCGGCGGUGGGCAAGGAGGCCAAGAAGUACCCGAUGCAGUGGCUGCUGGACCACACCCUGCUCCAGGCCGACAAGCUGCCGGCCGAAGGGUGCCGGUGGGAGAAAUUACAAUCGCACGACUCGCUAUGGUUCCGUCUAGGCGAAGGGCUGCGGUAUCCUAUGGAUUUACAAGAUAUGCGCUACCAGAUGCACUUAUACCGGGCUUGUCCCCGGUCUUCCGACUGAUGAUGAUGAAGAAGAAGAAAAAGCCGGACGUUAAAGGCUGCUACACAGGUCUAUAUACAUAUGUGCCCCUAACCACUGUCACCAUCACCACCACCACCGAUUACUAUUAUUAUCCAAGGAGGGGGUCCUUGCUUUAUCAAUCUAUCAUCAUGCCCAAACCAGCUUCUUUAUGCUAUGACCCAACUGCUCUAGAAUACCCGUGCUCCGCUUCGCCUCGGCGAGGGAGAUGAUAUCGCCCCUCUCGAUGAUGCUCUGCCUCUCCCCGGAGCUAGCCAGAGCCGGCUGGUUGUAGAAGACCAGCCGCUGGAUCUCCGUCGCGAUGAGGUUGAUCUGCUCGCUCUCCGACAUCUCCUUGACGUCCUUCGCGUCGUCCGACACUGCCGUCGUCGAGUGCAGCGCUUUCAAGGCGAUCUUCCGCGGCGCCUGUGUCUGCGGUUUGCCCGUGAUGGC